AUGGAGCACAAAGAGCAGCAGAGCCAGAGCCACUUCAGUGAAAUUCACAGGGACAGCGAGCGCGUCACACCACCGCCCCCAGCCUUUCAUAUCGAUCUGUUAAAGCCCGGGUACCUCACUUUCAAAAGAAUAAGAAUGGGCCUCACUCUCAUGGACCUCUCAGACAAUGAAGCUCAGCGCUCUGCAAGGCUGCGGGCGCCACCCUUCACUGCGAUGUCCCGCUUUCACGUGAGGCCUGACCUCUGGGGGGCACCGUUUGGAGGCACUUACAGCUCUGCGGGGGGUGCUGUGCUCCCUUCACUCAGGUGGGGCAGAGGUUUGGCCCGGCGCGGCAUGUAUCCCAGCAUGCUUCGGGACAACCUUGAGACGGGACAGGCUGCUGAUGCUCAAAGGUAA